CUCCUUAUCACCCACGUAACAUUAUGGAAGAUAAGCCUUCUGAUCAGUCUUCUCGUUGGUCAAGUAAAAGUAACGAUCAAAUGCAAUAUGUACUUAUUAAAAUUGUCUCGAUGGCCAUUGUUCGUAUCCUUUUUAUUAAACAGCCCAUAGCAUUACAUUUGGAAAAUAUCAUAAAGGUUUAUGGAGGGCUGACAUCAAACAAUAUGAUUGAAUUACUUCAUAGCGGGCUACGAAAUAAUUCUCGAUCAGAAACUUUUCGGUUGAAGCAUAGAACAAAUCAAGUGCUAUUGCCAUGCCAAUAUAUUAAAAUAGUUCCAUUAGCUGCUUAUGGUCCAGAUUUUAAUUUUAGUAUAUGGUAUAUUGAACUGAAAGGCGUUCAGAGUCCUGAAAUUGUUCAACAGUUCCGUGAAAAUGAAGCGAUACGUCUUUGCCUAAAACAUUUUCGCCAACGAAAUUAUUUGGAUGCUUUUAAUGCAUUACAGUCAAAGACCAAGACGCCUCUUGAAGAUCCUUUCAUUACUGAGCUAUAUGAGCAGAUAGUCUCAAACGGUGAUUUUCAAAUGGCUGAAGAUACUAUGAUCAAUGCUGCCGAAAAAGGACUUUUUGAUGAAUAUAUUCGUAAUUGCCCAUAUAAUUAUUUUUGGAAAAAAAUUGAAGCUACUGAUGCUUGUGGAGUCUCUCCAUGUACACGAGGUGGACAUCAAAUGUGUAUUGACGUUGAGGCAGGUCAAAUUUAUUUAUUAGGAGGUUGGGAUGGUAAUAAUAACUUGGCUGAUUUUUGGAGUUAUGAUAUAAAUCCAAAAAAAUGGAAUCUCAUUAGUCAUAAUACCAGAGAACAAGGAGGUCCUGGUCCAAGAUCAAAUCACAAGAUUUGCCUGGAUCAUAUCAUGAAGCGAAUAUACGUUUUUGGCCGAUUUAUUGGUCGUGGCUCUCGUGCUAAUGCGAAUUUUAAUUCAGAUUUCUAUAGCUAUGAUAUAAUAAAUAAUCAAUGGAUCAAACUAUGUGACAACACUGCGCUUGUUGGUGGGCCUUCGUUAAUUUAUGAUCAUCAAAUGUGUAUCGAUUCGGAAGCCCAAAUGAUUUACGUAUUUGGAGGACGCACUGUACAUCCUGAUACAGAACCUUUUACUUAUAGUGGCUUGUAUAGUUAUAAUAUACGGUCUAACGAAUGGAAGUUAAUAAGGUCUAACGAUGAGUCAAAUAGUGAUUAUGUUCCACUUAAAUCACGUAUUGGACAUUCAAUGUUAUUGGAUCAGAAUGAAAAAUUGUUAUUCAUAAUAGGGGGUGAUCGUGAUAAUACGUUUUUGAAUGACUUUUUAAUUUACGAUAUUAAUGCUGGCUUGGUUCACGAGUUAAUCGCCGAUUACGCGACACAAGAGGAUCAUGAUUCUGUUUUCACACAGCGUACAACUUUUGAUAUGGAUACACAGGAAUUUUACGUUCUUUCUGGUCUGAAAGAUAAGAGAGACAAAAGAUCUCAAACUAUUAAAAAUUCGUUUUGGGUAUAUGAUCUACGACUAGAUAAAUGGACAAAGAUAUAUCAAAGUGAAGUCUAUGGUGCUCAAUAUUGGGAAAGUGAUGAAACAAUUGAGCCGCGGCCGAGAUAUGCGCAUCAGAUGGUGUAUGACAACAUUAACAAAGUUCAAUAUGUAUUUGGUGGAAGAGCUGUUGAAACAGAUGUACUUAAGCAACAAAGACUGGAUGACUUUUGGGAAUUACAUUUAGUCAGACCAAAACCUGAAGAUUUAUUACGGCGUAUUCAAUUCCAGAUAAGAAAGCAAAAAGAGAUGUGUUAUGAGGGCGAUACAGUUAAAGCACUUAAAUACCUUCAAGUUCAACUUAGUCAAGUCGUAGAUCAUUCAAUUGAGGCCGAAAGUGCUGAAUUUCGUGAAUUGACUUCGUACCUGUUUCACAACAUUGAAGAUAAAACCCCCAGUUCUUUCAAUUUACGUACAGAAUUAUUUGAGAAUCUUUUAGAAUUUUUUCCAGAUACAAUGAAACAGCCAAAAGACAAUCUAAUUGAUUUAGUGAAAAUCGAGUAG